CAAAAUUGUUCUAUUGAUUUGCAAUUUGGUCUUGCAAACAUUACAUACACAAUCAUACCGUAUUCGCGAGCUGAUCAUGGACUCCUCAAAACUGCUAGAAUUAACAUUAUUUGAACCAUUGACCACUAUUAAUAAUGAUUCCUAUGACAAUUAUCAGUUAUAUUCACAAAUAAAAGAAAUUGUGGGAGCCAUUUUUGAGUUUGAUAAUAUACUAUUCUUAACUAAAUGGAAAAAUUCUAAAGAUAUCAGAGUGGUUGAAUCAAGAGUUAUGAAUAGAAUAUUCCCACAAAUGGUCAUCAAUUAUUAUGAACAAAUUUUGUUUAAAACCUGAAUUCAAGAAGAUUUAUU